AUGUUCUCUCUACCACCCAUCUUCCAACCCUCUACAUCUAUAUUGAUCUAUUACAAAGUCGGUGCAUCAAACGCAAGUACAGCAAAGCCAGAGUGCCCUACAACCAUGGACCACUACAAUCCUUCCUUGCAAAAGGCGAUCCACAAGGUGCAGCCAAGCGACUCCGUCAACCAGAUCUGUCACAUCUGGACCGAUAUCCUGCAGUAUUAUUUUCCCGAACCCAUCAAGCAAACCGCGAUGACUGACCUGCCAGAGUUGUUUCCAGAAAUGGGUCUCGUAUUGGGAUUGAUCGCUCUAACUAUCGACAUUUCAAGUGGUCCACUUCAUGGCGCGCCGUUCUUCCAUGUCCACGUCCGGGACCCACCCCAUUCGGACCUGGCGAUGUGCUGGGACGAAGCUGAAAAGGAAAUCAAAUGUGAGUUGAAUGGACUAGAGGUCAAGUCUGGAAUGAAUGUGAUUUAUGCGGCUGUUGUGAUCGGCCCGUAUGUGCGUUUCUACACGUAUGCAGGCCAGUCUCUCAAGAUCAUCCACUGGACCGAGAGACAGACCCUGCAUGUGGUCCAUGAUCACAAAGAUAUUGUCGUGUACCCCGAUUCCUUCAGAGACGGCGCAAAUCCGAUAAUCAUGCGUACGAUUGACGACCUCCUCUUCCAGAUUGUCUCCGACUUGCCAUUACUUAACAAGGCCUGCUUGGCCCUUAGCUCGAGGAGACUAUAUACAGUCACCUGA